CGGUUCGUUGUGAAAUCAAACAAAAAUUAGCUGUGGCAACUGUACCUUGGAGGCAGUAUGCGAAAGCGAAAAAAGUGUGCUAGACACUAGAGCAGCUAACAGUUAUUUAGACUAGUCUAGUCAAGUCUAAUCCGGGGUGCAAAUGGCCACUGGAAUCGAGCUGAUGGUGGCUGCUGCACUGUGCCUGGCCUGUCCACCGGUUAAUAACACCCUCCCGGAGGGCCUCAUACUACUUGGCGAGGAUGGCAGCAUGGUCACGGACGUGCCCAUCGAUGUGGACGCAGCGAAUGUGGGCCUGGAUGAGGAAACGCCCGUGGAAACGCUUGAGGUGUUGCGCAACAAGAGGGAGAAGCUGCGCAACAUGAAGACCUGGAUCAAUGGCAGGCAUCUGCGCAUAGCCACGCUCGAGGAUUACCCAUUGAGCUACACACAAACGCUGGAGAACGGCACUCGCGUUGGUCGAGGCGUUUCCUUUCAGAUCAUCGAGUUCCUGCAAGAGAAAUUCAAUUUUACCUACGAAGUCGUUGUGCCGCAGGACAACAUCAUUGGCUCGAAGGCCGACUUGGAUCGCAGUCUCAUUGAAAUGGUCAACAACAGCCAAGUGGACUUAGCUGCCGCCUUUAUACCCUCUCUGUCGGAGCAGCGCAGCUUUGUGUUCUAUUCCACAACGACGCUGGAUGAGGGCGAAUGGAUUAUGGUGAUGCGACGUCCGCGAGAGUCGGCGGGGGGAUCUGGUUUGCUGGCGCCCUUCGAAUUUUGGGUCUGGAUACUCAUUUUCGUAUCGCUGCUGGCCGUUGGACCCAUCAUCUAUCUGCUGAUCAUAAUCCGAAAUCGCCUGACAGGCGACGCAGUGCAGCAGCCGUAUUCCCUGGGCCACUGCGCCUGGUUCGUCUACGGCGCACUCAUGAAGCAGGGCAGCACCCUCUCCCCCAUCGCAGACUCGACACGCCUCCUCUUUGCGACCUGGUGGAUAUUUAUUACAAUUUUAACCUCGUUCUACACGGCCAAUCUGACCGCGUUUCUGACCCUCUCAAAAUUCACGCUGCCCUACAACACGGUCAACGAUAUUCUAUCGAAGAACAAACACUUCGUCUCCAUGCGCGGCGGAGCCGUUGAGUACGCCAUACGCACGACGAAUGAAUCGCUGUUCCUGCUCAAUCGAAUGAUUCAAAACAAUUACGCCGUCUUCACGGACAACUCGAACGACACGUACAAUCUGCAGAACUAUGUGGAGCGGAAUGGCUAUGUGUUCGUGAGGGAUCGACCUGCCAUCAAUAUCAUGCUCUACAGGGACUACUUGUAUCGCAAGUCGGUCAGCUUCAGCGACGAGAAGGUGCACUGUCCCUUCGCCAUGGCCAGGGAGCCAUUCCUGACCAAGAAGCGCACUUUCGCCUAUCCAAUUGGCUCGAAUCUGAGCGAGCUUUUCGACCCCGAACUUCUCAAUCUGGUGGAGUCUGGCAUAAUCAAGCAUCUGUCGGCCAGGGAGCUGCCGAGCGCAGAGAUUUGCCCGCAGGAUCUGGGCAGCACGGAGCGUCAGUUGAGGAACGGAGAUCUGAUGAUGACCUAUUAUAUAAUGCUGGCCGGCUUUGCCACCUCUUUGGCCGUCUUUAGCACCGAGCUGCUGUUCCGCUACCUCAAUGCCCGCCACGAGGCCAACAAGUGGGCACGACACGGCGUGGGGCGCUCACCCAAUGGCCAGUCCGUCAAGCCUUCGAGGUGGCUGCGUGGUCUGCGACGCCUGCAUAGCGGCGAUAAGCAGCUGCUGGGCUCGUCCACACAUGCCCAGAACAUAACGCCACCGCCGCCAUAUCAAAGCAUCUUCAAUCAUGGCGGCGAGCUACAGCAGCAACGUUGGCAUCAGGCUGGCAAGGCACACGGCCUGGUUCUGGGCGGGAAUCAGAACGGCGGGGUGCGACGCCUGAUCAACGGCCGGGACUACAUUGUCUUUCGCAAUGCGAAUGGCCAGAGCCAACUGGUGCCAGUCAGAUCGCCAUCGGCCGCCUUGUUCCAGUACACGUAUACGGAGUAGCCCAGCCUGGCUGAGGCCAACUUUGACCUUUUCUUAAAAACAAACGCAAUUUGAUGCACUUCAUCACACACAGUUAGCUCUAGUGCAGAGAC